GGAGGUGUGGUGUCGCCGGGUGCGAGAGCUGGGUGGCAGCAGCCAGGCCGGAAACCGCCACUGUUUCGAGUGUGCCCAGCGCGGGGUCACAUACGUGGAUAUCACCGUGGGCAGCUUUGUCUGCACCUCCUGCUCUGGUCUCCUGUGAGUCUUUCAGUUGCGGAGGGGCUUCAGGCCUGUUUGCUGGGAGAUCCGGGAGGGAGGGGGCUUUUGGAGGAAGAAGAGACCGUCGUGGGGGAUCCUGGGGGCGGAGAUGAGCUUUGGGGUGAAUAAGCGAUCCAGAGAAGAGAGGAGUGCGGCCCAGGGAGAGGAAUGAAGGGGGAACUGAGUGAAUGAACGGAAUGAUGUUUGCCGACCAAUAACUAUUAGGGGGAUUUUCCCUGUGUGAAGAACAGCCUUUGGUUAGUCUGGAGAGGUGACCCGAGGGCGAGGAGCCCCAUUUCCAGAUCCUCCACCCUGCCCGCCUUACCCGUAUCUCUCAUUCUCCCUGAAGCUGUGUAUUAUAACAAAGAAUUUUGUUAAAAAAGGAAGAGGAGUACAAUGCAAACAUUAGAUGCAGUGUUCACCAUCCAAGGACGUUCUCUCCCGCCUCUGCAAAGGACUGGGGAAAGGAGAGGCCUGAAUCCCCCUCACCGAGUCAAAUCCAUCUCCAUGACAACCUUUACUGAGCCUGAAGUGAUGUUCCUCCAAUCUCGUGGAAAUGAGGUUUGCAGGAAGAUCUGGCUGGGUCUCUUUGAUACACAAACCUCCUUGGUCCCAGACUCCAGGGACCCUCAAAAGGUGAAGGAGUUUCUUCAGGAGAAAUAUGAGAAGAAGCGAUGGUAUGUCCCCCCAGACCAAGUCAAGGGGCCAUCCUACACCAAAAGCAGCACCUCUACCCCUACCCAAGAUUCCACUCCAGAUGUAAAGCCCCUGAGGACACUUCUUGGGGACCCUGUGCCCUCUGUUGCCAUCUCCAGCACUAGCCAGGCUCGGCUCUCCCAACACCGGUGCUCCCAACCACCGUCCCUCCCUUCAGUCAAGAAAGCCAGCACUGACCUUCUGGCUGACAUUGGUGGAGACCCUUUUGCUGCUCCCCAACCAGCAUCGAAUUUUGCUGUCUUUGGGGGCCAGGGUACAUCCCAUGGAGGAUUUGCCAACUUUGAUGCCUUUGGAAGCAGCCCUUUCUCCUCUACGAUUGGAGGUAUCCCUCCAGCUGGCCAGGCUUUAUUCCAGACCCAGCCAACGCCCAUAGCCAGUCAGAUGCUUACUGGAAGUUACAGCUUUGGCAGCAGCCAGGUGACCCCAUUUGGUGCCUCUCCUCUUGCUCCUGCCAAUCAGCCAAGUGCCCUUUCAGAUAUGAGCAAUGUCUUGGGAACUGGGAUGUCAGCUGGUGGUGUUCCUAGCAGAGCCUUUGGGACCGUUGGCCAUGUCUCUGGACUCCACACUGCUGCUUCUGGCAGUAAUAGCAGCAGCAGCAGCACUGGGCUUGGAUUUGGGGCUUUCACCAACCCUUUCAUCACACCGGCUCCUCACCCACAGUUGCCUUCCACCAACCCUUUCCAAUCCAAUGGCCUGGCCACCGGGCUUGGUUUGGGAAUGAACACUGUGGUUCCUAGCUUCUCUUCUGCACCAACCCCUAGUGGCUUCCCAGGAACGUUCUCUCCUAAUCUCUUCCCUCCACAAACCUUGCUGGUUCAUCAGCAGAAUGGUUCUGGUUUUGUUGGAUUAGGAGCAGCCAAACUGGGGCAAAGGCCUGUAAACCAUCCAGCUGGGAUCUCUACCAACCCCUUCAUGACUGGAUCCUCAUCAAGCCCAUUUGCCUCCAAACCUCCUCCUACUAAUCCCUUCUUGUAGCACUGUGCCCAGGAAGACAACAUCCUUCCUGCUCCCCCUGCCCCCAAGUAUCCACUCUGUUCCCUAGAACCCUGGUGGCCACCUUUGUUUUUUGGCAUUACAGUGGCCUCAGCCCAAGAUGGGGAAUGACUUGCCUUGCUUUGGGUGGUGGGAAUCAUGGGGAUAAUGAAAGUGCUAAUGCUUUGCUCUGGGCUUGCAGAUAAAACACCACCCUGUAGGCCAGUAGCCCCCUCCCAGAGCAGUGAGAACAGUGGGAGUGCUUAUUAGAGGUGGCUGGCCCAGGUGUGUUUUAUUAUUCUAUAAUUGUCCCUUCUCUAUUAUCCUUUCUCCCCCAGCAUACAUGUGGUUCUCCCAGCUCCUAAAGCUUUCUCCUGUGGAGAAAGUUAUUUUAGGUUCAGGCCAUUUCCUCUUCUUAGUGCUGAACUCUUAACUGCUAGGAAGCUAAGGGAACCUGAACCCACCUUUCCCUACAUGCUAAAGGGCCCCAUCCUGGUUAAAACCAGGGGAAGUACCAAGGCAUGGCAAGCAUUUGGGAAGGACAUUUGAAUAGUACUGGAGUUGGAGCACCUUAUUCCCUUGCUUCUUUCUGCAUAGCUGGGCAGUUCAGCAAUUCCAAUCACCUUCCACACCUCAACCAAAAAAAGCCUUCCUUUCCCUUGCACAAACUUCCAACCCAGCCGUGCUGUCUACACAUGCAAUGAUGAAAGGUUCUUAUCCCUCAUAUCAAAGCUGCUUCUUUCCUUUUCAUACUUGUUUGCAAAAGUAUUUUUCAAGUUUAACCCCUUAGGUUUUUCCCCUCUUCCCCCAAACUCAUAUCAAGCACUUUAGUUAACUGUUGGUUUGAUGUUUGGAUACCAGUGUUUUAUAAACACAAAGUUUUCUAAUAUAUCCUCUUCUACAUAUACAUAUUAAUAUAUAUAAUAUUAAUAUAUACAUAAGGCCUAUACAACCAUCCUCCUGUACACUCUACCCCCAAGAAUCACCAGGUAACUGAUAUUUAUGGGUAGUAAAGGUAUUCCUUAUCUACUCUGACCAUCAUCAUUCCAUCAGUCAUGUUCCAAGAUCACUCCCAGCCUUACCUCCUGGACUACCACAGGAGAUUUUUGUGCAGUUGCUGCUUUGUUUUUUCCACUUCCUACUCUUCCUUGAUGUUGAAUCUUACACUAAAGGCAAUGUUCGAAAAUAAUUUUGAUUUGAAAGAAAAAUGAAAAAUAAUGCUUGUUGUCAUCUGGCUUUUGGGUCCCUUGGUUUUAUACACCAGCAAACUUGCUUGAUUGGCUUAAUUUAGCUUUUUUUUUUUUCUCCUUUGUCCAGACAUCAACUUCAUCUAUAAUUUAGCACAGGCCUUCCUGGCAAAAUGACUCCAAAGAGUGGGUUGAAGUGGGAGUUAGGACUAGGUAAGGAUGUUUCUCUUAUACCAAGGGAAGGAUGUGCGGAAAUGAAGAUGGCUCUCAUUGCUUUAGUGUUAAAUUUGCCCAGAUCUAACUGAACUACCAAACUAUUACCAUAACAUCCCUGACAGUCAUCUCAGGCAAACACAGCUGCUUAUAUUUUCUAGUCCAUUGUGUUAUGUCAACAACUCCAGGGGCUGAGCUGUUUGUAUGGGGACACAGAUAUCUGCUUAGGGCAAACUUUCUGCUCAGAAUGAGGGAGUUGUGACCUUGAUAUUUAGGAUAAUAUGAAGGGGGGAGAGGGCUUAUCACUCAGUUUCCUUUCCUUGUUUUAUGUGUGUAUUUAGGUCUUUAACCUUGGGUAGCCCUGAGGAUGUGGGAGAUUGAUUAUCUUAGUGGAUUUGGGGAAAUUUUCUGGAAAAGUACCUCCAGUUGUGUGUAGUUUAUUUAGCCAGGAUCCAUCUCACCUCAUCCUCAUUGUGGAGCAGAAUCCAUAUCUUGUCCUCUUAAAUUCCUAAUUCUUCUCUAUGCUCAGGUCCUGGGCAUACCUAUUUAAAACUAUUUUGGGUAUGCAGAAGAUGGUAAGUCUAACCAUUGAAGAACUGUUGUCACUAACCUCCUGGGACAGGGAAGUCAUGCUUCCCUUAUAUCUCUCUCCUGCCAUCCUCUGGCUCCUCCCCUACUCCCCCCUCCUUUUGCAAAGGUCUACUCCACCAGUAUAGGCAGUUAUGCCCAGGAAAGGGAGAACAUUUUGCUGGUGCUUCUCCCUCAAAGCCCAGUCAGGGAAGCAGAAUUGACCCUAAGUCCCUUCCUCCAAUUGGUGAGAAUGAAUUGAGGGCUUCCAUUGCAGAAGCCUAUUGAAUUUCUCCCUUAGGGAGUAGUCAACCCAUAGGAGUAUUAAGGACACCUCUUUUGUUUCCAAAACUCUAAUCUUGAUAUGCUGUAUCUCCAUUUCUCUCAUCUUGGCUUUUUUCUCCCUUUGUUGUGUCAGCAUGUUUCUGUACCUUCUCCAUUUGUUUUUUGUCUCUACUUACUGUCUCAUUUCACUGGCCAGUCUGGGUCCUUUGAGGUAGCAAGGGAGCCAAGAACCUGGUUGGCAUGCUGUGGUGAGAGCUGUACUUUAAGCCUUUUCUUGUUUUCUCAUAGUUUGUUGCCACUCUUCCCCACCCCCAGCCCUAUUCUUCAGUUACCAAGGAAAAGCCUCAAAAAAUCAGUACAGGUUGGAACUAAUUUAAAGGGCUAGAGAUCUGAGAUGCCUUUGUGUGUCGUUCUUUCCCUGGUGCUUGGUGCACUAGAUUUAGUGGCUCCUUCCAACUUUCCCCUAGCAUUUACUGAGCCAGCCAACUCUGCUAUCAUCUUUUCUCCAUUCUGGUCCUAGGACUCAAGCUAUUUCAGGGCAGAUGGUCAUAGGUGAUAGGGCUGAGUCAGCCCCAGAUCCCAAGUUAGAGAAAAUAAGGAUACUUUAGGAAAAGUGAGACCAAGGACCUCAUAUGCUUCCUCAAAAGCCUUCUCCCAAUUCCUAGCCUUUCUCCUGAUCUCUGAGUUCAGUGGGAACAGCAGGAAUUCUGCUUUUUAGUGACCUAAGAUGAAAGGGGUAGCUCUAGGUAUAGAACCUGGAGUCAUGAGUUGUUGGGUUUUGUUUUAAUUUUUAAAUUUUGAAUUUAACACCAAAAAAAGAGUAUGUCUGUGUAUGUAAGGAUUUUUGCAUAUGAAACUAUGAAUCUAUUCCAUACUGCUUGCUUUCUAAAAAUGUAUAUAAUAAAUUUGCAUUACUUUCAAA